CACAGCGAAAGGGACUUCGCACUUUGAACCCGCUCGGCACGGGACACCUGUGGCCGAUACCUACCGUUAUAAUCAAUCCACGUCGGUUUACUAGAUCGCAUAUUACAGACUGUUGGCAGUUGCAUUGUAUUAUAUCAAUAGCUGUAUUUACACGGAUGACAUUGUUCUUUUUCGGCUCAUUUCAUUUGGAAACGCUCAGCAAUUGUAUUCACAAACGAGAACAAUUUGGAAUAUACACAAUGGAUAGUGUAAUAACGCAGGAUUUUAAUAAAAGGGUUCAGGCAACUCUUGAGUACGAGAAGGAUCAGGCCCUGCUCUACUCACAACUAAAACAAUACCAGCAAGAUCGCGAUGUGGCUGCUCUGGUCAACACCCUGAAAGACCUUCUCGCCUCUCCAGAACGGGUCAACCUCUUCGAUGACAUUCGACCUUUCGUGUCGGUCAACCAACAGGUGGAAUACAAUAACCUAUGUCCAGUACCUCCCAGCAAGAAAGCUAGUCUGGUUCACCUGACUCGCCACGGCGCCGAGCCGCUGGGGUUCAAGUUCAGAGGUGGAGUAGAGCAUGGGGUCGGAUUGUUUAUCUCAGAGGUGACGCCAGGCUCACAGGCAGAGCUAAAAGGACUUAGGCCGGGUGACGAGAUCAUACACGUGAACGGGUACAAUGUUUCUCAGGUCACACACAACGAGGCGCUGUCAGCCAUGAAACUAAAGAAGAUGCUCACACUCAAGAUCAAAGGAAUCGGACUUGUGCCAAUCAAAGACACGGGAUCGGAUCCAGUCUCGUGGCAAUUUGUGAAAACGGGACCAAAAUCACCAGAGCCGCGGUCCCCACUGGCGGAGAUUUUUCCCGGUUCAACCCGUAACAUCAUCGCAAAGGAGAGGACCAUCUUUGUCAACUUGGAAGGGGGGCAAAAAUUAGGGUGUGGCAUCAGCAGCGGCAGGACCAAUCGCCCCGGUAUCUUCAUCCACAAGCUCAACCCGGGUACCCUCGCAGAAAAACUUGGAUUUCAGGUUGGAGACCAGAUCAAGUCGGUGAAUUCGACGAGUUUCGAUGACGUGUCCCACGCCGAAGCCCUGAUGGCCCUCAAGAGCAGCGACCAUCUCAACAUCGUACUCAAGUCAUGGGAGGAGGAUGCUAUCCAGAUGGAACCAGCCCCGCCUUCUCCUCUCAUCAAGGAUGCGGGCGUUCCCCUGGCAACGGCGGUGGUAUCCGGGAGUGGUGCCGGCGAUGCGAUCCGGAAGGGCGGUUUGGAGGUUGGGACUCAUUGGUCGUAUUAUAAACCGGUCAAUGAGGAGGUUGAUGAGAAACCGAAGCCCAAACCGAAGCCCAAACCUGUUUCCAAUCUGCCAGAGUGGUGGACCAGUGAUCCUUACUCCAUGUUCACUACACGCCAGAUUGAUGAUCGAACUCUGAGAAAGGUUGAGAUCGUGAAGGAUGGACCGCUAGAGAUGUACCUCGAGGGGGGCUCAAAUACACCCCUUCUUGGGAGGGUGGUGGUAGCAGAGGUGCUAGAGGGCGGUGCGGCUGCUAAAAGUGGAGCCAUUAGCAAGGGUGAUCAGAUCUUAAUGCUGGAGGGAAAGAAGCUGAUUGACGUCCCCUUGGAAACGGCGCAGACUACAUUCAAAGACCACAUGAAGGGAACACUUGACGGAUCUCAAAUACUGAGAAUGAUCAUCGCCGUAGCGCCGCCAAAGAACUACGAAGAUGAAGUCACUUUCUUUUAGGCUACAGAACUGAGAUAUCUGUGGACGCCCAUAGCACACGGAGACAAAAAGAAAACAACACAAAUUAAACAAGGCGUUUGCAAUUCUAUACUGGAUGUAAUUUUAGAGCAUUGCCUGAAAUCAAAUCUUUUAUUCUUUUCUGACCAGGGCUCCGUCUUAUAAAGAGUGGCGAUUGAUCCAAAUUAAUUGAAAGUCCUCCAACCAAUCGCGAAUUUGCAGUCUCCUAUCUCUUAUGUACACAGUUGCGAUUGAUAUAAAUUGCAGAUAAGUUGCGAUUAAUUGCAACUCUUUAUAAGACGGUUCCAGGUGUAGAAAUACAAUGUGUAUUGAUGGAAAGUGUUUCCCAACAAUCACAAGAAAAGUAUUUCUGCCAAUAAGGGAGUUUACAGAUAGCACAUGGUACAAAUGACCCCAA